GCUGAAUCUGUUCAGAGGAGCAAGAAUGUUGUCCCUACGAGGAAAGCCCCUGGUCUAUCUGGUCACCGUCGUGAGCUCGACCGGCUUCUGCCUGUUCGGCUACGACAAUGGCUUGAUGGGCCAGGUCAUCUCAGAGCCUAACUUUCUCAACAUGAUUGGAAAUCCAGAUGCAGCUGUGCAGGGGCUUGCGGUAUCGUCCUAUGACAUCGGCUGCAUGCUAGGGGCAUUGGCUGCCGUGCUUAUCAGUGAGCAAAUUGGGAGGAGACGGACGAUCUUGCUAGCUUGCAUUGUGCACAUCGUGGGAGACAUUGUGAACGCCUCUUCCUUUUCCCUCGCCCAACUGUUAGUGUCGCGUAUCAUCCUUGGGGUUGGUCUCGGGCUCUUCACUAGCGCUUCCCCAGUCUGGCUAGCUGAGACCGCUACGGCCCAGAUGCGUGCUGUCAUGGUGGCCGUGCAGCUGACCUUCCUUAUUAUCGGCACGAACAUUGCCUACUGGGUCGACUAUGGACUUGGCUUCCUUGACAAUGAGAUCAGUUGGCGCGUGCCCUUCGCCUUGCAGGCCAUCUACCCCAUCGUCGCCUUUGGCUUCACCUUGGUGCUCCCCGAGUCCCCUCGAUGGCUUGCUUCCCACGGUCAUACUGAGGCUGCCGCCGCUGCUCUAUCUGCAUUCCGUGAUCUCCCCGUGGACCACGAGUUAGUCCAAGCUGAACUGCAGGAUAUUGCUUCGGCAAUUGCCCUGGAAUCAGACGGCGGAUCAUGGGGGAGCUUGUUCCGCCAAGGUCCUAGUAAGGUGCGUACGCGUGUUAUUAUCGCCUGCGCGGCCAACUCGAUGCAAUCCUACACCGGGAUCAAUUUUGUGGAGUAUUACUUCCCUUUCAUCUUGACGAAUUCGGUCGGACUUGGUACCAAUCUCGCGAACCUUGUGUCGGGCUGCUCACAGAUCUGGUUCCUCCUAUCAUCCUUUGUGACGUGGUACUACAUCAACAAGCUGGGCCGCCGCCGACUGUUCUGUUUAGGAAAUCUCGGGAUGGGGUGCUGCAUGAUUGCGGUUUGCAUUACUCUGUGGAAAGACAGCCAAGUGUCGGUCAUCAUUACAGUCGUCUUUUUCUUCCUUUACCUCUCCUUCUUCACUUGGGGAUGGAUGUCCAACAUGUGGACAUACCCUGCCGAGAUUCUACCACUGCAUGUGCGGAGCAAAGCGCUGGCGCUGUCCAUUGCGCCCGUCACGAUCGACAACAUCGGCUGGCGGACGUAUAUUAUUUGGGCUAUUCUCAACUUUGUUUGCUGUGUGGUUGUGUAUUUGUUCUUUCCGGAAACGUCGUCCCUCACGCUCGAGUCAGUCGAUUUCCUAUUUUCGUCAUCCAGCAACGUCCGCGAAGUGGUCGCACGCAGCGAACAGAUCUAUUUGAAUCAUUCUCGUCUUGAUGUCGGAGCGGCGGCCGCGGCGGCGGUGGGCGGGGAUGGCAAGGAGAAGUCUUUGGAGGACGGGGUGGCACAAGUGACGCACGACGAGAGACACGUAGCGGUGUAG